UGGGUUAAGUUAGAUUAGGUUAACCUUUGGUAUGACUCGGGCAUACUUAGAGAGUAUUUCCGUAUCGUCAAAAACAAUGCGUACUAAAUACAGUUUAGUAACUACCGGAGCAUCUGUCACCCUUUGCUGAUGAUGAUGUACAAUUGUUACAGAAGUCUCUUUCAACUUUCCCACAAUCUAGAAUAAGCCAAAUCAUAACCGCUAAUGUAGGGUGCGAUUUUCAUUGUAAAUAAUCAGGAACCUGUCAUCCGAAGUUGGGCUGCAAUUGCUGUGAAAUGGAUCGUGCGCUCACGGUGGAAGAGGCUGUAAAGCGAUUUUACGCUACUGGAACCAGUGAAACUCAUUCGUGGCUCUUACAGAUACAGGCAUCUUUCGAGGCUUGGAGUUUUGUUUGGGACUUGAUCGAACCAACCAAGAGCUGGGAAGUACAAUGUUUUGGCGCAACAACCCUCUACUCAAAACUUACUAAACAAUGGGAUCAGGUUCCAAAAAACGAAUACCUGGUAUUGAAGGAUCGCCUGCUUGAUUGCAUCAAAAACACAGAAGCCCCGAUAUUAGUGCUUUCCAAACUGUGCCAAGCGCUGGCCGUGGUUCUCAUUAAUAUUCAAGCAUCGGAGGAAGGAAGAAAAGAUGAUAAAAGCUUGGUUGAAGAUGUAGUCAGCAGUUUGUCUUGUGAUACUCCUUUAAUGUUGGAUCUCCUACUACGAGUUCUUUCCGCACUUCCUGUAGAGUUUGAAAAUUGUCACGGUACGACAAGGACAAAGAUUAGGCAAGGACUCAUAGCCAGUUGGCAAAGAGUUGCCCUGCUACUUCUAGAUGUAUUUUCCAACUUGGAUCACGGUGUAGCUGGGAGGAACGACCAAAAGAUAUUUCUCCUUGCACUGGAAUGCGCAUUGUCUUGGUUGAAACUGGGUGAGAUUCCUCUCGAAGCAACGAGUCAUUUAUUCAAGCAUUUUCUACAAGCUGCCUUACAUUAUGCACCACGGAGGGAAAUUGAUCUGGAAGCCAGUAGUGGAUGGGAGGUUGUUCAAGAAUGUUUAAAUUUGACACUGAGAAACCCGGAUUUAAUCAGUAGGCCUGUUUUGUUGUGGGAAUGGACUGAGGGGUUGAUAUGGUCGAUGCGUCAGGAAUGCGGUCAAGCUUUCUAUGAUAUACUUGGAACAUUUGGUAAUGCGCACAGUAGGACGUUUCUCUUGGCGUUGAGCGGAGAAGGUGACGAAAAAAAGAAAUGGGCUGCAAAGGAGCUGGUUGAGCUGUUACUAGAAUGUUCAGAGCUGCCUGGUCGAUAUCCCACGGAUGAAAGAAGCAGCUGUAUACCAUUUGGGUUCUGGUACAGUUUGCAGGACGACUUCUACAUCCUGGAUCCACCGGUUGAAACUCGGGCAUUGCUGGCUUUGAAACCGGUAUACGCCCGUCUCGCCCAGGCUUUAUUGCGUAAAGCUACGCUUCCGUUGACAGCGGCGGAAGCCGGGGACGAAGACGACAGAGAGCUUCUCAGAUGUUACCGACAAGAUGCCGCCGAUACACUGACCUGCUGCUACAACGUACUGGGCGUGGAACUGCUAGAGCUACUAGGUCAGAGGCUGAGUCAACCUCAGAAUAAUUUCGAAGAAUGGAAUCAAGUUGAAUCCACACUGCAUGCUUUCAAAGCUUUGUCGAACAGCAUCGAGUCUCAGGAGAGGCGCUAUAUACCUCCUCUCCUCCACAUUGUCUUGUCAGAAAUACCCUAUCACAGAUAUCCCGGCGAAGUACUUUCUAGUGCUUGUAUGGCGAUCAGUGCUUAUGCAGAAUGGAUAGGAGAGCAUGCCGACCCUUGGCUGGAAGGCUGCUUAAGACUAAUCUCUUUGGGAUUAGCUCAGGGUCCCGUUACCGCUACGUCAGCUAGCAUGGCGUUAAAAGACUUGGCUCGAGAAUGCGGCCCGCACCUAGCGCCGUUGGCUCCUUCGGUACUCGAAACUAUUGGGUGCACAUUGCCUAACGUACCACCGGGGGGUUGCGUAGGUCUUCGAUUAAUGUUUGCUGCUGGGAAAUUGUUGAACUCGUUACCUUCAACGGAUCUUCAAUUACAACAUCUUGAUUCUACCCUUGGUCCCUGCGUGAGGCGAUUGCACGAGUUAUUACAGCUGCCACCGUCCAAGGCUCGAAAUUCCGUUGUUAAUCAAUUGAAAAUGGCGACAACCUUGUUCUCGACAUUGGAGGGACAUGUCGGUAAAGCAGUGCUAGACGGGUUGGUGCCGUUAUUCAAUCAGAUUGUUACAGACAACGAAUGGGGAAAAGAUUACAUGACUCUGGAAGCUAUGCACAUUUGUGUGCAAAGAUCGUUGUCAUCCCUCCCUCACCCGAAAGCUGAGGCACGCCCUAUACUAUUGCUACUCACUACCUCUUACAAGACGACACCUCACCCGGCGGCUCUAAAUUUAUUACGUCAGUUAAUUUUAUUAUUAGCCAGAGAUUCUUGCAGCAUCGUCGCACCAGUUUUUGCUGAAUUAAACGGUUACACUUUAAAUGGAGUUGCCGCAAUCCAAGCAGCUGGAGGUAACUUGUCUGAUCUGUCGGAUUUGCUGCAGGCGUAUCUUGUUCUGCUUGCGCAAAUAUGCAAAAAAACUUCUCGAUUGCUACUCGCCAUCCCGCAACAAAUUCCUGAAACCUUACGAUGCGGAAUUGCAUGCUUGUCUCUUCCUGAGGUGGGAAUCGCCAAGGCUGCAGGGAGUUUUCUUAGUCAUGCGAUUGGACAAUGCCCACAUUUAAAAACGUUCAUCGAGACCUUUGGUCAGGAGCUAGUUUGUACGAUUCUACGUUGCGUUGGUGGAGAAGUCGCACGCUGUAGCCUGGAGCCUCACGCAGAAGUUCUUCUAGUAUUAUGUACAUAUUACAACGAAUGGACUACCCGGUGGCUUCGAGUGGCUUUAUCGAAUGCAAGCUCACCUCCAGUUAGCCAAGAACGAAAGGAUAUGUUCAUACGGGAUGUGUUGCGCGUUCGUCGCAGUAAAGAACGCCUAUGCAACAUACUGAAAGACUUUGGUUUGGUUUGUCGCCAAUCGACUCCUGGAUUGUGAUUCAAUCGAGCUUGAAGUCAUUUCAUUUCAAACUGUCAUACAGCAACUAAAGUGUAAGAAUGAUCAGUAAAAUUGAGAUUAUUGUCAUUGUUAUAAGAUGUUGUAUCUGCUGAGUCAAAUUGAGACAUCAUUUGGAUCUGUUUGCCUGUGAGAUUGGACAAGUUGUUUCCACGCAUCAUUUCUGUUCCAUUUAACUCGGAGGCGUGGAUGAAUUCUAGUACCUGACUCAUAAAUAUGUUCAGAAUAAUGACUUCUUAUCCAGCGAUUACAGCAUCGGGUAUUCAAUUAGCCUGACCAAUUUGACAGUUAUACAUACAUUACCCUAAUUAACUUAUAUAAACGAUGAAAAGUUAUCUGGUGAUAUGUAUCUUUACACAAUUAUAGGAUGCAGCCAAGUACUUGGGCGAGUGAAUAGAUAUGUUUUGGUUGUGCUAUCCUGUUGGAAAAAAAAAAUGUUGUGACCAGCUAUAAUUAUAUCUGUACGCCCAAGGGAUAUAUUUUGCAAAUAUACUAAAUAGUCAAUAUUA